AUGGAGUCAAAAAAGAAAAGUUAUUCCCUACAAGUUUUUUUUCCUGUACAUUAUCGAUGGCAAAGAGAAACAAAACCACCGCGGAGGAGUCGGAAAAUUGUGUAUCCAGAUGGUUUGUGUCUCUUCUCUCCACCAGAUGGCAUUCAAUUGAAUGGGGAGAGAGGUGGAGUUUUUAUUUUGGUCACAACUCUGUCGAAUCAUUGGUCAAAAGUAAAGAAAAAUUCGCCACUAAAACAUGCCUUUUCAAUGGCUACUGCAAAUCUACAAUCGCCAAACCUACAGGGAGAUUCGCACAGCGAUAAAAGAGAAAAUAUCAAAGACAGUAAUGUAUACAAUUUCCCUAAGGAACUUACAUCUUCACGGGAAUGUAAUCACUUUGAUUAUAAAAUGAAGGGCGUGGAGCUUCACAAUUUAAAUGACUCCGUGAUUUUGCACACUUUUAUUUAUAACAGUAAAAUGGGGAAAUGGUUAUCUUAUUUUAGAAUAAUGCUUCCUUUUAUUUGGCCUGAAAGCAUCACAAAAUUUAGCCUAAGAUGUCCGAGGCAAAAUGCACAAGCACAAUUGCGCGCUGGUACACAACUUCUUUCCUGCUCCACCACUUUCAGAAAGCAAAAAGGAAACAAUCAGGAAGGAAAAUCAGCUUUACUUUAUGGCUAUCUGGCUAUUCUGGGGUCUAUGAAAUCCACUAUAACAUUUAAGCCUCUAAAAACUGUCGGUGGAGUUUUUGAAUUCCGUUUUAAAAAGCAGACAGCUUUUUACCUUUUUCCAUGA